AUGUUACUCACGUCUAACUCGGAGUCUGGACUUUGUUCCCGGAUGACUCAAGUGGAGGAAAUGCAGUCUGCCAUCGUAAUGGAAGCCCUCCCGCAUCCAAAUUCGGCUCCAUUCACAGGAUGCCCUACUACAGCGCGCGAAGCACUUCUUCGGCUGAAGGAAAAUUUCCCUGUAGUACCUGAGGUGCUUGAACCUCGCCAUUUUGCACUCAUCAACCAGAUUUGCAGAUCGCCUGAAAACUUUGAUAUAGCGGCAUUGGUCCUCGUCGUUCACUUUUCCAUCCAUGAAUUCGUUGCUGACCCUGCUGCAGCGAAGUUGUUCAACGGCGAUCACAUGCAUUCAAUUCUUCCAAUUGUCGAGUCAUUGAUGAUCGAUGCGGAUAAGUUCAAGCAGGCGGCUGCGGCUGAUAUAUUGACUGGACUGUUGCGUGGAUCGAACACUGGCCCAAGCAAACGCGAGAGGAACUCUAGUCUUGGCUCACGCCGCGCUUUGAUCAAGCUAACAAAGGUAGCGGUGGAAUGUGCUACUAAGCGUCCAAAGCGAUGCUUGGAGGAGAGCAACAAGGCUUGGCUCCUCCGGAUGGAACAAUCACUUAGCCCACAACCAGGAAUAAGGACUAGUGCUGAGCAGGCAAUCGUGAAGUCCGCUGUUCUCAUGAAGAUGCGAGCAAGCGCCAAAACUGAUGCUCUGGAAUGGCAGAGCCCCUUCGCGAGGACUAUUUCCAUCAACAACCCACCUGCUUUUCUUGAGCAUCUAUACCAACCCAUUGAUGAAGUCGACGGCUUUUAUGUUGACUUACUAGACACUGGCUUUUUGGCUUGGACGAAGACCAUCAAAUGCUAUCCUGUGAAUUCUGACCAACUCAGUGCCAUGGGACUUGGCGUCAAGACAGUACUUACAAGCCAUGCGUAGCCGUCUGG